AUGGGGAAGCGCUACUUCUGCGACUACUGUGACCGCUCUUUUCAGGACAACCUCCACAACAGGAAGAAGCACCUGAAUGGGGUGCAGCACCUGAGGGCCAAAAAGGUCUGGUACGACUUAUUUCGAGAUGGUGCAGCUAUCCUGCAGGAGGAGCAAAGUAAGAAGCCCUGUCGGAAGUUUCUGCAGACAGGCCAAUGUGAUUUUGGUUCCAACUGCAGAUUCUCUCACAUGACUGAGGUGGAUUUGGAGAAACUGAACACACAGGUGCAAGAGGACAGGCGAGCGAAAGAACAGCAGCGAGAUGGGGUAGCGAAUCCCCCGGGGACCAUCGAGGAGUGGCUGGAGAAGAGGGCCAAGCGGCUUGGCUCUGCUCAGACAAACAGUGCCGACCCCGAGGAAGAGUCCGUUUUCCAAUAUCCACUUGGUUGGCCACCAGUUCAUGAGCUUCCCCCUUCCCUUCAGGCUCCACCUCCCGGUGGAUGGCUAGUCCCGCCCAAUCUCCAUUGGGGAUGAAGGAUGGUUCAAAAUUGGAUGGUCACUGCAAAUAGCAAAUAAUGU